CCAGCGUAUCGCCCGGGAAAAGCAUCCUUUACAGUCCUCACUGUGCAAUUUUCACCAUGAAACUGAGCCACCUUUUCCUAUUGGUAGCGUCCGCCGCUGCGCAGGACGCGCCCGACCCGACGUACGGCGGUGCGCUCUACGCCUUUACGGCCUACGCGUCGCCGCUCGUGCUGCCCGAGGUGCUCGACAUGACGGCCGGCGGCUCGCUCAAGAUGAACAUUGGCCAAGUCGAUAGCCAUGCGUGGGGCAACGGGAUCCCGACGACUGCUGUCUACGGCUACGGCGUCGUCGGUCGUAAUAUGUCGCACCCGGGCCCGACGAUCCGCGUCAAGAAGGGUCUCGACGCACCUUCUCGGGCGGUACAUUGA